GCGGAAGCGGGGUGUCUGGGAGGAGUGCGCGUGCGCCGAGGUCGGACCGGGGGUCCUGCCGCGCUAUUCCACUGACGGAGUAACCAAGAAAAAGGAAGAUGAGCUUCAUCUAUGGACUGCAGUCUGGCACUAGAAACUACUUUUUCUCCCGGUGUCAUUCUCUGGCUAACUGGGCCAAAUGGAACUCAUGCCCAGUAACUUCCACAGGCAGCCAUCAAGUAGUGCAUAGGUAUCAGGGACUCAAGUCAGCCAGUCACUGUGGUGUGGUCACUUUCCUGCCUGCUCGUUUCUGUAGGACUUUCAAUAACAGACCAGAAUGCCUCUCAAGUGCCCAAAGUAGGGCAGUAUGGAUGGAUGCGCAUAAAGGUGCUACAGGAAGUGGCUCUUUUCCAGGAUGGGUGAUGAUAAAGCCAGGUGCUGUGCUCCCUGCUCUCAGGUCCUUGUGGUCUCCCAGCUGUUCUCGGGAAAGAACAGCAGCCCAGAGUCUCCACACUUCUCCCUGCAUGCAGGCCGCCCCUGUGCCUCUCCUGUUGGUCAUCCUGAAACCUGUGCAGAAGCUGCUGGCAAUCAUUGUGGGCAGGGGAAUAAGGAAAUGGUGGCAGGCACUUCCUCCUAACAAGAAGGAACUAUUUAAAGAGAGUAUAAGGAGGAAUAAGUGGAAGUUACUCCUUGGUUUGAGUAGCUUUGGACUGCUAUUUAUAGUAUUUUAUUUUACUCACCUGGAAGUGAGCCCAAUCACAGGACGGAGCAAGCUACUAUUAUUGGGGAAAGAGCAUUUCAGACUCCUGUCAGAGCUGGAAUAUGAAGUAUGGAUGGAAGAAUUUAAAAAUGAUAUGCUAACUGAGAAAGACCCUCGAUACCUGACUGUUAAAGAAGUAGCUUAUCAUUUAAUUGAAUGCAACAAAGAUAUUCCUGGGAUUCCUGAGAUCCGCUGGGUUAUUCAUGUGGUUGAUUCCCCUGAUAUAAAUGCCUUUGUGCUUCCAAAUGGACACAUGUUUAUUUUCACCGGGCUUUUAAAUAGUGUGACUGAUAUUCACCAACUUUCCUUCCUUCUGGGCCAUGAAAUUGCACAUGCAGUUCUUGGGCAUGCAGCAGAAAAGGCUAGUUUGGUUCAUUUGUUGGAUUUCCUGGGUAUGAUUUUCCUCACAAUGAUUUGGGCCAUUUGUCCACGAGAUAGCUUGGCAAUUUUGGGCCAGUGGAUACAGUCUAAGUUUCAGGAGUUCAUGUUUGAUAGACCAUACAACAGAACACUGGAGUCUGAAGCUGACAAAAUUGGACUGCAACUCGCUGCAAAGGCUUGUGUGGAUGUAAGAGCCAGUUCAGUGUUUUGGCAGCAAAUGGAAUUUGCAGAAAGCCUUCAUGGUCAUCCCAAAUUGCCAGAAUGGUUAUCUACACACCCUUCUCAUGGAAAUCGAGCUGAUCACUUGGAUAGACUUAUACCACAGGCUCUGAAAAUUAGAGAGGUCUGUAAUUGCCCGCCUCUUUCUGGACCUGACCCUCGAUUACUAUUCAAGCUCACCAUGAAACAUUUUCUUGAAGAACCAGAGAAAGAAGAGACAGAUACCACCAUUAAGAAACAGAAAGUAGAUACAGUUCCCACUCAAAAGCAGGAACAGAUACCAUUAACAUACAUGGUGCAGAAAAGAACUGGAAGUUGAAUUAAAAUUUAUGUGACUUGAGAUUUGUGGAGAAUACAGCAAUUGUUACCGUUUUUAUGUUACUUUUUAAAAAAAUGAUGCUUGAAAUGAAAAAAAAAAGAUAUUCAGGGUUGAAUCAUGUAUCUUACAGGUAUUGCUAAAUUCUGCUAGGUUUUUAUUUUUCAUGAAAUAUUGAUGCAUUUUAAUCUAUUUUAAAAUACUUUCAAUGAGGAAAAUGUCAUGGAAUAAAUUUAUAUUACACAUUUU